AUGGAUGUGUAUGUCCAGAUCACGGGUCUAGACUCAGGAAAAACGCGCGGAGUCAAGGCGCUGCUCGAUAGCGGCUGCAGUACCUGCUGUAUCGACACCGACUACGCACGGGCGGAGAAGUUGGAUAUCCAAGAGCUUCCACAACCCAUUGUGGCUCGUAAUGCCGACAACACCGAGAACAUCAGCGGUCGGAUCACACACUACGUUGAUUUGAGGAUGAGAAUUGGUCCUCACGUGGAGACACGCACGUUCCUUCUGACGUGCUUAGGGAAAGCCCGGAUCUUCAUCGGUCUUGAUUGGCUGAUGGAACACAACCCCGAGGUGGAUUGGCAGGAGCAGACUAUGAAAUUCAGCUGA